AAAUAGCAGUGGACCUGACAUUUCCUUUAGCUUUCUACAACGGCAGCUGUUGCUUCAGUCUGAAGUUAAGUGACAGAUUGUGUAUAUCACAAACAUUCAUUUUUACUACAGAACGCUGCACAACGCGCCUAUCCUCUGCCGAAAGAUCCCGAAUCUUGCCUCACCGAUUCCAAAGGGAGCCGAGGGAGAACCGAUGCUCAGCGCAUAGACGAGAGCCGCUGUUUCCAUUUCACCAUCGCUUUAACAGCCCUAUCAUGUUGGUCAUUUUCCUAGUUUCCAUUAUUUAAACAAUGACUGAGGCUGGAUUCCGAACGACUUGACAUGUCCGUGAAAGAUAUGGUAUCUGGGGAUUUAUCACCGCAAACAAGGAUUUUUUUCAAUCUCAUUAAAGACCAAACAAGGCGGGUACAUGUUUAAAUAUAUAGAGCGCCUACAGGCACAGUGUAGGCUACAUAUUUUCACAUAAGAUCUGUGAACGGAGAGUCCGCAUAUACAUUCAGUUGGAUAUGCAAAAGGAUGUAUUAUCACUGAAAAGAUAAAGAGAGCUCUUUGCGCUGGAGACUAGAAUGGUCGAAAAAAGGCGUCUCUGGUUUUGAUGGAGAAUCCAACAAGCAGAGCAAGAUCCGUAGACCCUCAAUAAAAGUGUCUUGUGCUGGAGCCUAAUAAGACCACCGUUAUUUUCAGAAUUUAGAUGUAUUUACCAGUGACAGGAUCCAGUUGAUGACAUUCACCGAGAUAUAAGUAUUUGAAAACAGCCAACAUUGUCAGCAAUUCGAAUUUACUCAUUUGUUCUAUUCUGCCAGUGUGAUGGGAAUUUAUUGCUAAACAUUGGGAGAGCUUUAUGGAAAACCUGAAGACAUGACAUGCACACGAAAAAAGAGGAAACGAUCCUUUUUGUUCUUUAAAACCUGUGUUUAUUUAAGAAGUCUGCAAAAAGAGACAUUAUUUUUGCAUUAAGAUCUGGCCGAUUCUAUGGAGGUGACAAUACCCUGUAUUAAUAAUUUAAUCUAUUCUUUAUGUUUUCAGUCAUUUAUCAUUGUGGAUUAUAUUUGGAAUUGACGCUCGUUUUGUUGAACCCUCUAUGCCAUUUACUGUUGCUUUACUUGAUUUUGAAUCCUUAUAUAUAUAUAAUGUGGACCGCAACAAGCUCCCCAAACGGCCUAGAAUAAAACCGUAAGCCUUUGUCUCGAGGACAAGUAUAAUACAUGAGGGAGGUUGCUUUGCUGUCUCUGGUAUUGGGGUCCUUGAAUGUGCGCAAGGCAUCAUGAUAUCAGCAGAUUAUCAGGAGGACUGGGGUCACCAAGGAACACUGGGACACGAGGAACUGCGGUAGCACUUCGUAAUAACUAAGGAGCUGACGCUGUAAGAACAAGAGGCACCGAGGGGUAGCGCUACAGGAAACGAGGGGCUCAGUGCAAAAUGGGGCAAUGCAGAGUGAAGCACUCUGGUUCCAUGUGAGCUCCAGAGAAGAGGCAACCACGAGGACGAACGAAAGGGCAGCUGGAGGAGGAGGAGGUGGCGGUGGAGGAGGAGAGGGAGAAGGAAGAGGGGUGGAUUUCAGGAGAAAAGAGGGCUUGACACGGGAGCCAAAGGGAUGGCCAAUGGCAACGAGAGCAGCGAGGGGCUUGGUGGUCCCAUGGCUGCAGUGGUGGCCACGACGGGAGGAAUGGCAGUCGGGGGCCCAUCGUCGGUCGUGUCCACAUACAUCAAACUGGUCCUACUGGGUCUGAUCAUCUGCAUCAGCCUGGUGGGCAACCUGGUGGUGUCUCUGCUGGUCCUCAGGGACCGGGCCCUGCACAAGGCCCCAUACUACUUCCUGUUGGACCUGUGCCUGGCCGACACCAUCCGCUCGGCUGUCUGCUUCCCCUUCGUGCUGGUGUCCAUUAAGAACGGCUCGGCCUGGACCUACAGCGUGCUCAGCUGCAAGGUGGUGGCCUUCAUGGCCGUGCUCUUCUGCUUCCAUGCCGCCUUCAUGCUCUUUUGCAUCAGCGUGACACGUUACAUGGCCAUCGCCCACCACCGCUUCUACUCCAAGCGCAUGACCUUCUGGACGUGCGUGGCAGUGGUGUGCAUGGUGUGGACGCUGUCAGUGGCCAUGGCCUUCCCACCCGUCUUUGAUGUGGGCACCUACAAGUUCAUCCGCGAGGAGGACCAGUGCAUCUUCGAGCACCGCUACUUUAAGGCAAACGACACACUGGGCUUUAUGCUGAUGCUGGCCGUGCUGAUCUUGGCCACGCACGUGGUCUACAUGAAGCUGCUGCUCUUCGAGUACAAGCACCGCAAGAUGAAGCCUGUCCAGAUGGUGCCAGCCAUCAGCCAAAACUGGACCUUCCACGGACCUGGCGCUACCGGCCAGGCAGCAGCCAACUGGAUCGCAGGCUUUGGCCGGGGCCCCAUGCCACCCACCCUGCUGGGCAUCCGGCAGAACUUGCACAACCAGAACCGGCGCCUGCUGGGCAUGGAGGAGUUCAAGGCAGAGAAGCAGCUUGGCAGGAUGUUCUACGUGAUCACCCUGUUGUUCCUGGUGCUUUGGUCGCCCUACAUAGUGGCCUGCUACUGGCGGGUGUUUGUCAAGGCCUGCACCAUACCGCACCGAUACCUCUCCACCACCGUAUGGAUGAGCUUUGCCCAGGCAGGGGUCAACCCCAUCGUCUGCUUCUUCCUCAACAAGGACCUGAAGAAGGGGCUCCUGGCCCACCUGCCAGCCUGCUGUAGGACUAAACCUCAUCUGCCCCGAGAGCCUUACUUUGUCAUGUGAGGGGGACGGUGGGCGGUUGUUACCUGGGGAGGGUGUGGAGGGGCGGUGGCAGGGAUGUCUGUGAGUGGUUAGGAUGGCAUGAGGGACCAUUUUAGUUGUUGUGGCCUUUGAUUUUAAAAAAAUUCUUUCCUUUUUUAUAAAUGGCCUUGGUCAGGAAACAAAUUUAAGAGAGGGAUUCCUUCUACACACAGACAGAAUACGAGACUAAACCAACAACUCAAACAGUCUAACUCAGAUGCAUGUUUGUAUUCUUCAUUUUAAUGUGGAACCUAUGAAACUGGUAGGCAGUCUUUAAACAGGCGAGGCCAAGAGAAUGAUCAUUCUGGGCCUGCUAUUGUGAAAGAGAUUGAAGUGAGGGUGACAGUUUUUCUGUAGGUUGUGGGGACAACCUGGUCAUAUUUCUCAGUCACUCCCUCAUCUGUUCUCUCAGACCAAAAAUGUCAGAUGGUCCUCUGACAAUUUGCUAGUGAAUGACUAAUAGGAGAGUGUUCUAGCACUGCUUCCUUCCUUCAUCCACUUGAAUCAGUCAAACAGAGAAAUUAUGAGUUUUGUACAAAUAGCAUAUUCAGGCACUGUUGGCUUCAUUUGGAGUUUAUUUGGGGUUUCUAUUACAUUCUAAUUUGGUCUAACACUUCAGAUGAGUACACUAUUGGAUAUGGGAAAAUUUUAAAAGAGCUGCCAUCGAGAACAGUUUGAUCUUGUGUUCAUUAGCGUUUAACAGAAAUGAGCAGAUAAUAAUUGUGAAGUGCUAAUAGGCAGACAGAAUUAUGAAAUGCAUGUUAAGCUGAUAUGUGUAAUCACAUGAUUUCUGAGGAUAACUUAAACAGACCAAUGCCCCAAUCAGUGACAAACUGAGAACUUGAGACCACACAAAAAUCUAUGAUAAAUUGACAGAAAAUGCUCCAUGCUCUUGCCAAAUUCCUUUUGCUGUAGGUGGUAUUGUUGCAGAUGACUGAACCUUAGAAUUUUUUUUCUUCAAUCUGAAUUUUUUUUUAAAGACAGUUGAUAGAAAAUGUUCAUAAAACCUAAACCAGAAUGUUUAGAUCUUCAGAUAGGAUAAAGUUCAUCACUUCACAUGAAGGUCUUUGUAGAGAGGUGGGGGAAAAUUCAGCCCAUUUAUAUUUUUGCACACAGGAAUUGAGGAAUUGAUAAAUCCUUUUUUUUUCUUAACAUGAUUUAGACUUGAACCAGAAUGCUAACUAAGUGUAGGCCGGGACACAGAGAUUGUAAUAUCUUAAGUGAAUGUCAAGCAGAGGUCUGGAACAUGAUACUAUCCCUUCGUGGGUACAAAUGUACAUUUAUUUUAGUUUUCAAAAUGCUCUAAUGUUGUCUGCAAACAAUAACAACAACAAAAACUAACAAUAACAAUGAAGCUACAGAUAACUGAAUUGUUAUUUCUAUUAUCUGCAUUAUGGCCUUACUCUUCGCUCUCUCUCUCAAAACAAAAGGUUUGUUUAUAACCAAUGCAAGAAAGAGUUGACAGCUGUAUGCCUCUGUGUGUUAAAGUAAUAAACAUAAAAGAGAUUAUUCCAACGAAUGGGGAAACACAAAACUGUGUAAUUAAUUAUUUUCGGAGGACACAUCUCUCCCCCUCGCAACCUUAAAAAAAAAAACACCAGUCAAAAACUUUAACAAGGAUGGUAAUAAAGAAAGAACGCUUGCCGAAUUGUAACACAGGAGUGUGCAAUUGUGUGUAAAGGACAGAGGAAACUUUAAUCCAACAUCGACAAUGAAUGGAAUUAACAAAAGCCCUUCCUGGAUUAUUGUGGAUUUAUUUUAGACUUUUUGUUGUUGUUUCUUUUCUUAUCAGUCAGUGUGGGGGGGGGGGGGGGGGUUGUGUAUUGAUCUGUGAAAACAAGGAUUAAAAAAAUGUGUGUGGAUUUUGGGGUUGGCUUUUGUUGGGGAGGUAAGGAGGGAGACCGGGUGUGAUUUUUUGAUAAGCAGAAAUGCCUGACAGUGCUUUUUUAGUUGCUUCAGGCAGACUAUCUUUUGUAAAUUAUCUAUGACCUCCGUACUAUUUAAUGUGUAUUAUAUGGACAAUGGACUGACUUGGAAUUGAGGGGGGGAGAAGGGGGUUCCUGGUCAUCGCAUUUUUACAACACGUGUGUGUGAGUGUUUCUGUACGCAAGUAUGAAUGUGCGUAUGUUUAGAGGCUAGAGGGAUGGAAACAAAGGACAUGUGGGAAAUAGGAAUGGCCAGAAAUUUUGCAUUUUGAAAUGACACUCCUGCAAAUGCUUAUUCAGUCUUUUUCAUCCUCAGCCUGUUCCUGACACAGAGAAUUGAAUGUGCUAAAACCAAUGAGGUUCAUUCAAAAAAUCUGAGGCGAGUGUCUUCUUAAACCAUUCAACUGCAGAGCCUCAAGAGGUAGCCAAAUAACAUUUUAUACACAUGCAGUUCCUCUAAAUUGGACUACAGAGCCUUCUAUCUCAAUGGAGAUUCUGUUCUUGCAUACAUGUAUGGGAAUAUGAAGGGUGAAGUCCGUUUGAGCUUGUGUCUUGGGGCGAAUGGUUCUAUCCACAUAGCUUCUAUGAUUAUUGCACUCUUAUUAAGUUCCAAUGUGUCUCAGUGAAAGGAAUAACUUUUAUACAUGAUCCUGGCUUGGGGUUUGAAAUUUGAAAUACACUGAGUUAUGUUGGUCAUAGAACUAACAUUCUAAUACUUUCCGUAUUUCUCAUUUCUGCCUCUUCUGUAGUGUUUUGACUUUGCAAAAGCCCAAAGCCAGCCAAAACCCAAUUUGACAUCUGAAUGUCUUAUUUAAUAACUCACUGAUUUUACAGUGUGGCUGUAGUUAUUAUGACUCUGUAUGUGGAGAGACUACAUUAUGGAUGAAAAGAAACGUAAAGACAGAAAAAGCUGUCUCAGACACAUGUGCAACCACAGUGUUAUUAUACAUUAAAUCUAUGAAAAGACAAGACUCGUAAGGAUAGUCCUAUAUGUCUCUGAAUAGUAGAACAAAUCCUGAAUCUCAGAACUGAAAUACUUUUGGACUUUGCCCUUUAAGCUGAACCACAAAAUGUCAAAGCUCCCCCCCAAAAAAUCUGCAGUUGAAUAUCAAAUCUAAAAUAGCAGAGGUUUGAAGGAUACCUAUGUAAAUGUCUUUGGGCCCCUAUAUAUCUUGGAAGUCAGAGGGUGUGGUUUCCAUAUAUUUUCUGUAUUAUAUAAAAAAAUAAAAACUGCCUGAGCUGUUUAA